AUGGCAGUGUCUGACUGGCGACACAGGUUUUACUGGUUGCAGAGGUUCCAUGUGGUACGCUGCUUGGUGGGGACAAACUUACUCGGAGCUAUAAGAUGCAGGGAACCUGUGGAACAUGAAUCACAUUCAUCGCAAAUACACUUCAUUUUUAUAGAAAGUCACAGAACGUCAAUCGCAGAUUUCAAUCGUCAAUUACGAUAUUAUGCAAUCAACAAAGUCAAGCCGGGUGCUAUGAUUGAGGUUAACAUCAUUAAGAAGAUCUCAAGCACAACUGUCAGUGGGGAACCCAAUUCAGGCCGAAAACAAAGGGAAAAUGCCAGUGGGGAACUCGAUAUGUUGGCUCUUGUCAGUUUAAUAGGGGUUCUCUAAAGACGUCACCCGGGUGGUUUUAUUCUAGUUAUCCCAUUUGAAAGCAGCUAUGGCGUGAAUGAAACGCUCAGCGAUAUUUUCAUGUUUGACAGUAAGAUGGCACUUGCAUAACUCCAGAGAACGAAAACGAAUAACAUGUGACAGUCGUUUGGAGUAUGAUUUAUAUAUAUUUUUUCUGUUUUGCAAAUAACAACGAAAUUAAUGAAUUAUGUAAAUUAAAAAAGAGGGAAAGUGCUUGAUA